UCCCCCAAUACACCAAUAUACAUCUGAACUGUCUCUCCCUCUCUCUCGCUCGCGUCCAUGGCUUCCUCUAUCUCACACCCACCACCACUGCUCACAUUAUCACAGAAAUCAACCCAUCCGAAGCUCUCACCCAACCCAAUCACCAAGGUUUUACACUUCCAGUUAAAUUCAUUCCAAUCCUCUCCCCAUCUGGGUCCUCUCCUCACCGCUCAAAAACCCCUUAUUCUCUCUCCAACAAGAGUUUCUUCACGCGGGUCUCUCGAUUCCACACAUGAAAUCGAGCCUCUAUCCCCCUUUGAGGAAAAACCAGUAAAAUUCCUCUUCUGGGUGUUCUUUUGGGCAUCUCUAUCCCUUGCCUGUUUAGCUGCAUCAGGUGAUGCCAAAGCUGCUCUUGCUGCCGACUCCAUUAGAGCCUCGGGCUUCGGUGUGAAGGUUGCGAACUCGUUGCGGGGCUGGGGUUGGCCCGAUGAGGCUGUUGUGUUGGCCCUAGCUACACUUCCGGUAAUUGAGCUUCGUGGGGCUAUUCCUGUUGGGUACUGGUUGCAACUCAGUCCUUUAAUCUUGACGGUCUUGGCUGUUAUUGGGAACAUGGUUCCUGUGCCCUUCAUUGUACUCUAUUUGAAGAAAUUUGCAACUUUCCUUUCGAGGAAGAGCCCUUCUGCAUCUCGUUUGCUUGAGCUGUUAUUUGAGAAGGCCAAGGAAAAGGCUGGCCCCGUGGAAGAGUUUCAAUGGCUUGGUUUGAUGCUGUUUGUGGCUGUGCCAUUCCCUGGAACAGGGGCAUGGACUGGAGCUAUCAUAGCUUCCAUUCUCGAUAUGCCGUUCUGGUGUGCUGUUUCAGCAAACUUCUGUGGUGUGGUGUUCGCCGGGCUUUUGGUGAACUUGCUGGUGAAUCUUGGGCUCAAGUAUGCCAUUGUAACUGGUAUUAUUUUGUUUGCUGUUUCCACUUUCAUGUGGAGAAUCCUUAGGAAUCUUAAAAGAUCUCUCAGCUCAUCAAAGUGAUAUGGUACUCUGGACGACAGGUAACUAAUGAUUUUUAACAUAAAAUACCCCAAUUCAUUGGGACAUAAGGCUUACUUAGAUUUAUUUACAGUACACUGAAACUAUAUAUUGUGGUAUUGUGGCUGUCACCUAUUAUAAAAAAAGAAAAGAAAAUGUGUUUUAGAUUAUAUACGACGGUAAUGAUAAAUUUUAGUAUUUUAAAUAUGAACCAAUGACAUCAUCCUUAUCUCUCUAUCUCACACGUGCGCAUCAUACAUGGAUUUUUUGGGGAAGUACUGGAACUGGGCCAUUAUGUUUUGCACAUAUGAUUGAUUAGCAAGACUCCUAAAUUUACCUAAUCUUGAUUGUUAAUAGACUCUGGUAAAUUUAUGCUCAUAUUCAUUUAUACCAUUAUAUAUAUGUAUCAUCUUAAGCUUGGCAAUUUAUUCAUUUUUGAUAAAUUCAUCACACAAAUCAAACGACAAAUGUAUCAUAUUAGAUUAUUUAUCUCUCUCUCUCUCUCUCUCUCUCUCUCUCUCUCUCUCUCUCUCUUUUUAAAUAUAACAUCUAUUAUAAAUUAUUGGUUUGGUUCCAUUGUUGUUUAUCUACCCUUGAUUCUUGUAAGCUGUACUUGUAUGCUGAAAUCCUGUACUUUUGACAUAGAUUGAAGGAGAUGUUGAAUUCUUGGCCUAGCUGAAUGUAAGUAAUAUAUUUAUGGUGCCGUUGACGGCUAGUUCAGUACCGGUUGGAGGUAGUUAAACGUAUGAAAUGAAUGUCUGAGUCAUUGGGUUUAUUUUAGAAACUCUUUUUUUGCUCAGCUGAUUUAUUUUACUAGAAUUGACUAGUAGGAAGUAGGAGGUAGCUUUGGUCUCUGCUUUCACGGAAUGAUCACGGGGAGUGAAGCGAAUUUACGUUAAUAGAAUGCUGUGUAGUCUGUAGAAUAGUGAAAGCAAAAUACGGGCAGAAGCAGAUACGUUGGUUAAAAAUGGGAUAGGCAGAUUGGCAGCAACCCAUAAAAUAAGACAAUCCCCGUGGUCUUGUUAGAAUCUUUUUUUUUUUUUUUUUUUUGGGGUAAUUAAACCAUUUUAAAAAGCAAACCAACCAAGAACAAAGGAGAAUCCCAACAUACAACGGGAACCCAGGCAAAACUAACACAUUCCUAGCUGCUUAGGAAAACCAGAAACCAAAACCCAACAAAGAAAAGAUUUACAGAGAAAAAAUGCGGGAACUAAGACUCCAAGACCAAGCUAACAACCUCGGUCUUGUUAGAAUCUUGAUAUGCAAAUGCACAUUACUUUCUUGCUUCUCACCCGUCAUAAAUUUACAAGAAUCAUCCAAUUUCGUGUUCCUUCUUACGGUUUGGGGCUUUUGUUCUAAAGGUGAAGAAUGUGCCGGGGCUUUUGUUCUGGAGGUGAAGAAUGAGGCACGAAGUCGGGCCACAGGAAAGAAUUGGAUGUGGGUUGACUGGUGGCUGCAAAAUACUACUCCACUAUACUUGUGUAAUGGCUGCAGUUUAAGGUUUUGGGUUCACUAAUUAUGAGUGUGUUUAGAGGUUUUAUUUUGUCAACCUCUAACUUAGAGUUCAAGUUUUAGCUAACUUCAAAUCAGAUGUAUCAUAAUUUAAUUUUCUAUGCUAGAAUAUACUCCAUCCCUUUCCA